GUGGAAGGAGCUCGUGCUCUCUCAACCAUUGACUAUGGCGGUCGUUUUAGUUUUUAAUUGAUAAAGUCGGUGUCUUGAAGCUUCAAGUUCGUAUCUUCCAUCUCUUGCUCACUACUAACUACACGAGAAGGAGAAAGAAAUGGCGGAUCGAUUCUUUCCCAAUGAAAUUCCGAAAUUUGUACCAGAAUCAACGACAACGACGAUGCAAGUGCCUUCCGAAGAUUCUCUCUGGAGGCUUCUCUCUAUGCCGUACUCUGCUCUCUCUCAGCUUUUCAAGCGUGCUGCUUUGGAUCUCAAAGAAACAAUAGUGAUAGAGACGUGGGGGCUCGGCGGGCAACGGGUUCGAGACUUCACUCUUUACUGCGGGACUCUUGGUACUGCUUUCUUGCUUUUUAAGUCUUACCAAGUCACCAAUAACAUGAAUGAUCUCACACUCUGCCUAGAGAUUGUCAAGGCAUGUGACUCUGCUUCUGUGAGCUCUCGAGAUGUGACUUUCAUAUGUGGACGGGCUGGUGUUUGCGCUCUGGGGGCUGUGGCAGGGAAGCAUGCUGGUGAGGGCCAACUGGUGGAUCAUUACUUGUCUCAGUUCAAAGCGAUCAAACUGUCAAGAAAUCUCCCGGAUGAGUUGUUAUAUGGACAAGCUGGGUACCUUUGGGCUUGCUCGUUCUUAAACAAACAUAUUGGUGAGGGCACAAUUCCUUCUUCCAGCACUCGUGUGGUUGUGAAUGAAAUUAUCAAGAAUGGCAGAGCAUUGGCCAAAAGAGGACGAUCCCCAUUGAUGUUUGAAUGGUAUGGAGAAAAAUAUUGGGGUGCUGCUCAUGGAUUGGCUGGAAUCAUGCAUGUUCUGAUGGACACCGAAUUGAAGCCAGAUGAGGCUGAGCAUGUUAAGGACACCCUUAAAUACAUGAUUAGGAAUCGCUUGCCUAGUGGAAACUACCCUGCAAGUGAAGAAGAUAAGAGGGAUGUACUUGUGCAUUGGUGUCAUGGAGCUCCCGGGAUCGCCCUCACACUUGUCAAAGCUGCUAAGGUUUUUGGAGAUAAAGAAUUCUUGGAUGCAGCUGUGGAUGCAGCCGAGUUGGUUUGGAACCGUGGUUUGCUCAAGCGAGUUGGGAUUUGUCAUGGUAUCAGUGGAAAUGCUUAUGUGUUCCUCUCCCUUUACCAAAUGACUGGGAAUGUAGAAUUCUUGCACAGGGCAAAAGCGUUUGCUUGCUUUCUUCUUGAUAGAGCGCAUAAACUUAUAUCUAAGGGGGAGAUGCACGGAGGUGACAACCCCUACUCACUUUUUGAAGGAAUUGGAGGUAUGGCCUAUCUUUUUAUAGAUAUCACUGAACCCUCAGAGGCUAAGUUUCCUGCUUAUGAACUCUAAGAUUAUAUAAAACUGUACGAUGUUAAUGAAGGUUUGCGCUUAGGUAAGUUAAGUUAGCAUGUCUAUGUUACUAAUAUCUCCAAGUUAUGAUCCUGUGGGAAGAUGUAAUCCUAACUUAGUCACUUGAACAUUCCCUAUAUGUCAAUAAACUCACUUUUCUUCA